GUGCACUUGGUGAGACAUUGGGGUCAAAUUAAAAGACCCAAUACAUCGACAGCUUUGUACUAAAACUACAGCGCCACGGUGUCCCCGGUAGUAUUCAGACUCACACAUCAGUGGUUUUUAAUCCCAUUCAUUGCUAUUGUUCUAGUCCUCAUCCUAAAGUCGGACAGCGCUUACCUGUUUAAACAAUUUGCUCAAUUACAAACACAAAAAAACACACCCACCAUGUCAUCCGUAUCGCGUGUUUAUACCGAUGCGUUGCUGACCAAACCCCAAGGGUUCUGGGACUACGAGAAUGUCGUGCUCAAGUGGAACUCUCAAGAUAAAUACGAGAUCAUCAAAAAGUUGGGUAGAGGUAAAUAUUCUGAAGUGUUCUUAGGAGUGGAGCUUCCACAAGGCAGUAAGGUUGUUAUUAAGGUACUAAAACCCGUCAAGCGGAAGAAGAUAAAACGGGAAAUCUCCAUUUUACAAAACUUGGUUGACGGUCCAAAUGUGAUUAGGUUGUUGGAUAUUGUCAGAGAACCCCAACUGAAAACCCCGGCCUUGGUAUUUGAACAUGUCAACAACAUCGAUUUUAGAACAUUGUAUCCAACCUUCACCGACUAUGAUAUUCGGUACUAUAUGUUUGAGUUGCUCAAAGCUUUAGACUACUGCCACCUGAUGGGAAUUAUGCACAGAGACGUCAAACCUCAUAAUGUGAUGAUUGACUACGACACCAAGACCCUCCGGCUCAUUGAUUGGGGAUUGGCGGAGUAUUACCACCCAGGUACCGAGUACAAUGCCAGAGUUGCCUCUCGAUACUUCAAAGGACCUGAGUUGUUGGUGGAUUUUAGGUAUUAUGAUUACUCACUCGAUUUGUGGUCUUAUGGGUGCAUGUUCGCAUCUAUGGUGUUCAAAAAAGAGCCAUUCUUUCACGGCAAGUCCAACACCGAUCAACUUGUGCAGAUUGUCAGAGUGUUGGGAUCUGACGACUUAAACAAAUACUUGAGGAAGUACAAUUUGCGGUUGACCGAAGAGUACGAGGAUUUGGGUUACUACAGCAGAAGACCUUGGAAACGAUUCAUCAAUGAGUCUAAUCAGCCUUUGGUGAGCGACGAGUUUUUGGACUUGAUCGAUAAGUUGUUGAGAUACGAUCACCAGGAAAGGUUAACAGCCCAAGAAGCUAUGGACCAUCCAUACUUCGAUCCCGUGAGACCUAAGGCCUAAAGUGUCGGGAAGUAGUUAAUAAUUAAUAGACGAAGAGUCUUGG